UGAAUAAUUAAUUUACUUAAAUAUAGGAGCUAGUCAACCUAGUAUUUUAGAUGGAGGUUCAGAGCAAUUCAGAGUUUUGAAGGGUCAAGAAAGCUCAAAAUUUUAGCUUUCUAAUGAAGCAACGCGGAUGCUUCAUAUUCAAAGGAAACUUUGUGACGAAUACCUAUGAUUUUCAAUUCACAUGCAAGAGUUACCUUUUCGCAAAUUAUAAAUUGAAGCCCAACGUUUUUUGAUAGCAACCACUAAUUUGUUGAAGUUGUAGGUUAAGAAGAAAUGGAAGGUGAAAGGGUUGAAUUGCUUAGUGUUGUUGAGGACCAAUAUGAUGGAGUUAUUGUAAACGUGGAGAAUCAAGAGCAUGUGGAUUCUGAGCUUUUCUCUUCCAUAUUGAAAGCUUCAAUAUACAAUUGGAAGCAACAGGGAAAGAAAGGGGUGUGGCUCAAGUUGUUCAUACUGCAUUCAAAUCUUGUUGAUACAGCUGUCAAGGCUGGAUUUAGGUAUCAUCAUGCUGAGCCAGAUUAUUUGAUGCUUGUGCGUUGGAUUCCAGAAACUCCUGAUACCUUUCCUGCAAAUGCUUCACAUCGUGUGGGUGUUGCCGUUUUGGUCGUUAACGACAAGAAGGAGAUGCUUGUGGUUCAGGAAAGAGGUGGCAUAUUCAGAGGCACUGGUUUAUGGAAGAUGCCUACAGGAGUUGUUAAUGAAGGUGAGGAUCUUUGUGAUGGUGCAAUUAGAGAAGUCAAAGAAGAGACAGGGAUAGAGACAAAGUUUGUUGAAGUUUUAGCUUUCAGGCAAAGCCACAAGUCAUUCUUCGAGAAAUCAGAUUUGAUGUUUGUGUGCAUGGUGGAACCUCUAUCCUCUGACAUUCAGAUUCAGGCCUCAGAAAUUGAGGCAGCGCAGUGGAUGCCAAUUGAAGAUUAUGCUGCACAGCCUUUUGUGCAAGAACAUGAGAACUUUGACUUUGUUGCAAAAGUAUGUUCUUCAAAGUUGGAUGGCAACUACACCGGUUUUUCUAACGUGCUUAUGUCUACAUCAUCCGGCAAAAAAACCUAUCUGUAUCUUAGUAACAGGGAUGCCAGCGUUUUGUUAGCUUCCAAACAAAAUCAAGCUUGACAUUUUCUUGCAAGUUACCUCUACAAGUACUUGUAAAACUGUAUG